UGAAGGAUUAUAUGAUUUCUAUCACCAGACUUCUGUUGGGAUUAGAUACCACACCAGGAUCGGGAUUUCUUUGUUCUAUGAAAAUCACAGAGGAUGAUCUGUGGAUCAGAACAUAUGCCAGACUUUACCAGAAGCUAUGUUCUUCUACAGGAGAUAUCCCCAUCGGAAUCUACAGAACUGAGUCACAAAAACUUAGAACAUCUGAGUCACAAAUAUCAAUCAGUGUAGAAGACUGGGAAGACACCAAAGAUACCAAAGAACAAAGUCACCACCGCAACAACCACCGCAAUUCAACAUCUAGCGACCAAUCAGACCACCCAUUGCUGAGGCGGAAGAGUAUGCAGUGGGCACGUCGGCUCAGUAGAAAAGUUCCAAAGCACUCUGGUAAAACAGCUGAAAAAAUAAGCCAACAGCGGCUGAACCUGUAUAGGAGAUCAGAAAGACAGGAACUUGCUGAACUGGUGAAAAACAGAAUGAAGCACCUGGGUCUCACUACAGUGGGAUAUGAUGAAAUGAAUGAUCGUCAAGGCACCCUUUCAUACAUCCUGAUCAAUCCUUCUCCUGACACAAGACUGGAGGUUAAUGAUGUCGUGUAUUUAAUUCGACCAGAUCCCUUGGCAUACCUUCCGAACAGUGCACCCAGCCGAAAAAGUAGCAUCUGCAAUACCACUGGACCUGACACUCGAGAAGAAACACAGCUUUGAUACAACUUGAUAAUAAAAAAACACUAUUUUUCUACAGAGUACCUUGAUUCCAUCAAUACUACUUCUACAGAGAAAAAAAUGCUGCUGGCAUGAAACAAAUAGGAUAGAAUAUAAUUUAUUCUAUUCUAUUAACAAAACCCACUUUGAAUCUUAGAUUAUUUUGAAAGCUAUAUUCCAGUUACCAAUUCCAUUUUUUCAAUGGAUAUUUGAAAGGCACUAAUGGAGUGACUCUGAAGAGCAAGAUUAAGAUCCAAGAACAAAUAUGAAAUUUAUCAAGGCUUCAAUAUUGAUCCUGACUAAUACAAGCAAUUAAAAAAAUUAAGGUUUAAUGGAAGCAAACAGAAAGUAAAAAUACCUAACAUACUACACAUAGAAAAUUAUUGCUGCUUAAAAAGGCAUUAAAUGUACCAAGAUUUGUUCUUUAAAUCUGCUUUCUCACAAAAAGCAAAAUUUCUCAGCAAUGUCUAUCACCUACAAACCCAGAAGCAAACUAUGUUGUGUGUGAUUGUUGUUAUCAGAAUCAUAGCUUCAGUUAGAAUACUUAUCUUCAUAGCUUUUUUGUCUGUCUUUUCCCAUGACAAUAUAUUCAUUUUGGAAUUGCACUAAAACUCUCUGCAGCAUGCCUUAUUGCUCACAUAAAGAAGCCAGGGGACAAAGAAAAGGAAAGGAAACAUGAAGUACAUGACUUUUCUUUUUAUAAUUGUGUUGACACAUUUACAUAUGCCAAGAAAACAAAGACUGAGCAGAAAAAUAAACUGCUGAAUGGCCAUAUAUGGAACCUUAGAGUGGAAAUGUUAGCUUAGCUUUCUGACAAUAUACUAAACUUAUCUUCAUUUGGCUUUUGUGCUUCAGAAUUCUUCAUCUAUCUACAUAUCAUAAUUCAUUAGAAAGAAUUAGAUUGAAAUUUAAAGAGCAAAUGCAGAAUUAUUUCACUGUGCAUUUUUUAAAAAAAAGAAGAAAUUUGGAGUAUGUUUCAAAUUCUUGAAAGAACUCCUUU